UGUCCUCUGCAGUGGACAUGUGAUAUCUAAAAAAUGUAAACUUAUUUUUCCCAAAAAAUUAUUUCAGUCUUCUAAUUACCUUACAAACAUUGGGGGAUUUAAAUUUUUUUUUGAUUGGACAACAUUUUUUUUCCUGGUAGUCAGGAUUAUAUCAGACUAUUACAGGUAUAGGCAUGUGGGAAAGUGGGCAAGUGCAGGCAGAUUAUUAGGAGCAGAAAUCAAAAGUAGACGCUGCAAUAGCUGCUUAAGUUAAACUAACCUCAAAGGUCUUUACAUGUUAGAGGGAACAAGAGCAAUAACAAUGAUAACAUUAUGGAUAAAGAAAACAUGAAGCUGUUUUUGUUGAUUCUUCUGUGCUAUGGCUCAUUCGCAGUGAAACACUCGCUGAACUAUUUUAUCAUUGGAUCCUCCGGAGUUCUGAACAUCCCAGAAUUCGCUGGUGUGCUGAUGGUUGAUGGCGUUCAGUUGGGUUACUGUGACAUGAGCAAGAAGAUAUUGGAACCAAGACAGAAGUGGGCGAGGAAAAUUUUAGAAAAACACCCUGAGCAACUGGACUGGUACAAGCACAAGUGUUUUGAGGAUCAGCCAAACUUCUUCAGAGAGCUGAUUUCUAGUUUGAAACAGCAGUUCAAUCAAAGUGAAGGUGUCCACAUUUUACAGAGGAUAGAUGGCUGUGAAUGGGAUGAAACCACUGGGGAGGUUAUUGGUAUGACACAGUAUCAUUAUAACGGAGAAGACUUCCUUAAAUUUGAUCUGGAGAAAGGGACAUGGAUCGCACUGAAACCAGAGGCUGAUGUUACCAAACUGAAAUGGGAUACUGACCAACCUGGAAUAAAACACAGAGAAAAUGACCUCACCAAGAUUUGUCCAGAGUAUCUGAAGCUGUAUGUGGAGUAUGAGAAAAGCUUCCCACAGACAAAAGUUCUUCCGUCAGUGUCUCUCCUCCAGAAGACUCCCUCCUCUCCAAUCAGCUGCCAUGCUACAGGUUUCUAUCCUGACAGAGCCGUGAUGUUCUGGAGGAAAGAUGGAGAUGAAGGUGAAAAGAUAGGAGAGAUCCUCCCCAACAAUGAUGAGACCUUCCAGAUGAGUGCUGACCUGAGCAUAUUAUCAGUCACACCUGAAGACUGGGGAAGGCAUGACUGUGUCUUUCAGCUCUCUGGUGGUGAGGACAUCAUCACAAAUCUGAAUGAAAGCAUUAUCAGGACCAACUGGAAAGCUCCUGUCAGUGUCACUGAACUCUCUGUGUGACUGAAUCAACAUCACGUAGACAAACACAGCACCCUACAACCGAGGAUACACCCCUCCAGUUAGACAAGUUUAGGGAACCGAAGAUUCAUGGUUAUUUUAUUAGUGAUUUUUCUAAAUAACAGUUUUUAAAUUUCUUUCACUAUUUAGACCAUAAAACUCUGAUAGCCAUUUUGGAACUUUUAUAUUUACUAGUUCAACAAAAUGUGUUUAAUCCAUUAAACCCUCGGUUAUUUUUUUUAGCCUUGCAACCGGAGGGCUGUUACUGAAUGCAUUUACAGGUGUUUUUCAGACAGAAAUACAGAGCUACUGUAACGUCUUUAAAGGGUAAAUAAUACAAUUGUUCUGCAUCUACUGUGCAGGUAGUGAAUAGUGUGUAUGGUCACAUCAAUAGACACGCAGUACAGUGUAUUUUCACUUCCCUUCAGCAGCAUGCGAUUCAUAGACUAACUAGUUGAACCUUAUAGGUGGAUGGAUGCACUUCUGUUCUAACCUGCUGUUUUGUUUGU